GAGUUUAAACCUUUGUACUUGGGCGAACUCUUAUCAGUGGGGUUCACAGUGAUUACAUGCAAUCUCCGGCAAUCAGAAAUUUUAUAAAACGUUUAGUUUGUGCACGUUGUUAGCCGCUAUAGAAUGGCAGUCACAAGCUAUCCUGGGGUUAAAGUUACUCUGAAAGAUGGACUGAGGGUGAUUCAGCUUGACAAUCCAAUGAGGAGAAAUGCGUUAAGUCUAGAGGUUUAUGAGGCUUUGACCUCUGCCCUCAAAGAAGCUGCUGACGACCCUGCCACAAAUAUUACAGCCAUCACAGGUUCUGGUGGAUUUUAUUCAAGUGGCAAUGAUAUUUCGGCCACUACUGCUGGUUUUGCUUCUGGAGACACCGAGGAGAUCAGCACAAAAAUUAAACAGGCUGCCAAUGUGUUGAAAGUAUUUGUAGACCAGUUCAUUCUGUUCCCCAAAGUCUUGGUGGCUGUGGUUAACGGUCCUGCUUACGGAAUAGCUGUGACCACCCUCGCACUCUGUGAUGUUGUUUAUGCCUCUGAUACGGCAACGUUCAACUGCCCAUUUGUGAAGCUGGCGUUUACCCCAGAAGGCUGCUCCUCCUACACUUUUCCAAAAAUUAUGGGGCACAGUCUGGCAGCUGAGGUUUUGUAUUUCAACCGAGUACUGGAUGCCAAAGAAGCUCUAAACUGCGGACUUGUGUCCAGGGUCAGCUCGAACCUGGACAAAGAAAUUUGGCCCCACCUUCAAGUGCUGGCAAAAGAGUACAAUUGCAUUGCCAUGAACCAUGGUAAGAAGAUGGUGCGGCGCUGGGAAAAAGAGCAUCUGCUCAAGAUUAACGCAGCAGAAAUCGAGCUCUUAGAGGAACGAUGGACCUCUGAAGAUUUCUUUGAAGCAAUGAUAGCGUUUUUUGCCAAGAGAAGCAAGAUGUAAUUUUUUAUGCAAUAACCGUAAUAACAAUUUUCGGAAAUCAGUCAUCUAUUUUUAUCGAGUUUUACUGAAAAGUCAGUUAAAUUUUGAUAUUGUUAAAAUGUCGCAUUAAAAAUAUUUUUAUACAGAAACAAA